AGUAAGUUAAGACAUUCGUAAAUGCAGAAAGGCAUGCAAUGCAAGACCAAUAAAUUAUUAACCUGGUUGGUCAUGUUAGCGAUAACAUACUAAUAAAAGUUCCACUUUUAUUACAGUUUGCUAGUAAAGCUGUUACAUUAGUAAAGACAUGCGAGGCGGUGUCCGAGAUGAGAGAGUGCCGGGCGCCUAGAGACUGGUCGCUACUAGCACUACAGAACAUCAGAACCGGCAAAUCACACUACUUAGUAAUCUGUCGAUGUCCCGAAGACCACAUAUUAGAAGGACCGAUGUCACAUGAUCAGCCAACGUAUGCGUCUGUACCAGGCAUCAGAGUGUAUGGAAUGAUGUGUGUGCGACCCACCACUGCUUACCAUUCUGCAUACCACAAGAACAGAUACACCGGCUUAACCGUUCAGAGUACUACAAGCGCCUACAAAGUGGACUAUUCUCAAUCACAUGGGUAUCCCGACAAGCCCGUUUACAACAGAUAUCACACACAUAGUUACACAGAACCUUACUACAACCGGAGAUCUCGAGUCGCAAGGACCAGACGAUCGCCUUCAGAAUACCCCCCAUUCCCAUGGUACAAAGUUAUGGAACUAGCGAGGUCAUUACAUUGGAUCAACUAGAAACUAACCUCCUUUAAAUUUAGAAUGAAAAAAAGUUUGUUGGUUUCAUAGAGGCUUUAUAUUAAUCGGUUCCGCCUCUUUGAAUUCAACUUAUACUUGAAACAUAUUUAAUUUCGAAACGCUUUUCGCUUAUUUAUCCGAAUUUUAGUUAAUACUUGCUUACUAACUUUCCCAUUCUAAACGUGAUGGUUUAGUGUGGUGAAAUUUAAUUUUGGAUGCCUAUGGAAUACUCAGUACAACUGCAUUUACUAGGAUAAUAAACAAUAAUUUAAUUUAUUGAAUUAAAAUAGUGAAGCUGUUUAGUAAAGGGUGGAAAUGUUGUUAGCCAUUACAGUUGCUUAUAGGUACCUCAAAAUUUUACUUAAUACACCAUCCACUUGCAUGUAACACUAACAAUUGCAAUGACUAUUUCAAAAUCAACGUUUAAGUGAAUGUAUAUACAAAUAAUUCAGAGGAAAAGUGGUACGUUAGUAGAAAAAAUUACAGCAAAGCAGCGCGCCGGUACAUUUAAAUAAAUACCGUAAGCCCGAUCACCGUUAAUCAAUACUGGCUAGAUUAAAAUGUCAUAAAACCUAAAUGCCACUAAAAACUUAAAUGAGUUUCCCCCGCACAAAAACCUUUUUAGAACAAUUCCGUUUGUAUUAUUUAUUUAUUUUAUUCAAUAUACAUUAUUAUAUUUUGGAAUAAUUUAAAAUAAAAUAAAAUUGCCAGAAAUAGAAAUAACCAUGACUAUUAGUUUUUAAGUAUUGGAUUAAAUAAUAAUUUCAAAAUAAAUUAAUUAUUUCUCCCCACCUGUAGACGGUGAUUACAUAAUAAAUAAUAAUUAAAUGGUAUUUUUAUUGUACACAAAAGAUAUGUGAUAAGUUUUCAAUGAUUUUUUUGUGUAACAUUUCAGUGCAUUUAUAGUUAAUGUUUAGUUGUAAUUUUAAUAAAUAUUUAUUUAAGAACCAU